AUGAUGCACUCAUCAGCGCUUCUCGCGAAGUCUUCUCGGAAGCACAACGCUGGUUCCAACAGCUCAUCAAUGAUGGUUUUACACCCGAGGUCAGUUCUUACACGGCUCUGCUGGCCGCCGCUAAUGCAGAUGUGGCAGAAGAACUGCUGCAGCAGAUGUUGGACGAAAAUCUCAGGCCAAGCAAGAGAACCUACAGUACCUUGGUCCAGGUCAUGGCCAAGUCCUCCAACGUGGCGCGAGCCGUACAGUGGCUGGAGCUCUCCCAAGAUGGGACGGCACCUCCUUCAGAGGCCAGCUACAACACAGUCAUUGGAGCCUUGGUGUCUUGGCAGCUACAAGGCUGGCGCGAAGCGCUGGGGGCAAGUGGAGGAGCUUCUGCGAAGCGGAAUGAUGAGGCCAGACAUUUUCACAUACAACAACAUUCUGGCGAAAUGUGCCAGGAGUGCUGAUGAGGAGGGUGUGACAUUCUGGCUUGAGCGCAUGAAGGAAGCAGGCCUCUCACCAGAUCUAGUGGCGUUCAACACCUUAGUGGACUUUCAUGCGCGUCAAGGGAGGGUGAAGACGGCCUUCCAGUGGAUUGAACGUUUAAAGGAAUCAGGUUUUAGUCCAAAUAUUCUCUCCUACAGCCCAGUGGUGUUAGCCUUGGCUCGUGCCGGUGACACUGGGGGUGCAGCAAAGUGUUUGAGGACCAUGAUUGGCGAUGAGGUGAUGCCAAACGCCGUGGUGUUUUCUGCUGUGCUUCAUUGCUACGUAGGACAGGGCGACGUGGCUGGCGCAGAUGCCAUGCUCUCCAGGCUGGUGGCUGAGGAUGUUGAAUUGGAUCCUCGUAGCUUUGACAUGAUCAUUCGACUUUGCAAUCGUCAAGGUGAACAUCACUUGGCCAUCAAGUGGUUCCAGCAUGCUCGCCACAUGGGCAGCAUGACCAGUGCCUGUGCCAGCGCUGCUUGCGCCAGUUUGGCGGCAAUCGGCGAAGCUGCUGAAACGGCAGCCCUCUUGCAGAAAUUUGAAGAAGAUGGACUUUCUAUGAAGGUCCGCGCCUAUGCCUCGCUCGCCAGAGCGUGGGCGGCACAGGGGAGGAUUAUUUUGGCAGUCUACACCAUUGGCAAGAUGUAUGCCGCAGGUCAUCAGUGUACGUCCUUGACAUGGGCAACACUCCUGGAAGCCUGUCGCUCGCAGCCCCGGAGGUUUGGCGAGGCGGAACUGUUGCUUCGUUGUAUGGCUGAGCACAAAGCAUCCAUCCCAGGCGAUCGCGCCAUGAGUGCAUUGCUAUGGACCUUUGGUGAAAAGCGCUUAGAGAGAUUGCUGCGCAACUUGUGGUUGAAGGUCGGCGAAGCGCCUUCUGCUUCGCAGGAGGAGCCUGGUGAGAAGCCCUGCUGGUUCGAUUUGCAGAGGUCAGCCUUGCGACCACCCCAAGAUGGACAUCGUGCCAUGUUGAAGAGAAUUUGGAGUCCACGAACGGGACCUGAAGCCGCGGCCACUGCUGCUUACCAUCGCCGCAUGUCGAAAGGACAUCCUGCAAAGUGA